UCUUCUUUUACGACAGAUAACCGACUUAAAACUCCAUAACUCCACUUCCACGCUUUAUAACAGAGGUGGACACUCGUUUAGCUACCUUUUUCAUUUUGUUCGCGGUAUCUUUGUGCCCAAAUUCAUCCGCUGAAAGCUCCGACUCAUACUGGCUCUGCAGCUGCUGGACUACAAACUAAACAUGACGUCAUCUUCUACAGCCUCGUCGUUCAUUCAAAACUGUUGGCGGUGAAACUAACUGACUGCUGAUCACUGCAAUGGCUCCUCAAAAAUUUGUCAUAAAGUGUGGGAACUUUGCUGUGCUGGUGGAUCUUCACGUUCUGCCCCUGGGCGGCCGAGAGGACGCCAGCUGGUUUACUACGGACCACAUCGAGGAGGUUACAGCCCUGGUUCGAGAUGCUGUGGACCAGAGGGUUAAGCAGUACACAGAGUCCUUGCACAACAGAAGACAGCCCAAACAGAAGAAGGAGCUGGCACCUGCCUCAGCCUUUUUUGUGAAAGGGAAAAACUUCAACCUGGUCGCCAAUUUUCUGAAGCGGCACUUCAACCUCAGAUGUAUCGUCAAGCAGCUCUAUGGGGAUUUGCGUGUGUUUCCUGAACGCUAUGUUGUGUGUGUGAGCUGUCCAGAGGAUGCCUCAGCGCACCAUGGAAACCCGAGCCUGGCCGCGACCGAACCGAGCGAACAAAGCCGAUCGGAAUAUUUUUCCAGAGUGGGAGAAACCCAAGAGCCUUUAAACAGCCCCACAAAAACAAAGAAAACUGUGCUUCAAAAGAUAGCCAAACAAGCCAGUGUCCAGCGAGAGCUCUAUGGUUCCAGUACAGGGGAACAGCAGAUUGACCAGAGAGCCUGUACCAAAAACCAAAGAGAGGAACUUAAGGGUAUAGAGCCAGAAUCGAACCCAGAAGAGACCUGCGCUGGACAGAUGGCCCUCCCGGAGGCAGACCACAAGGUGCCUUGCCCCAGUGUCUUAAAUGAAGCUGUGGCUCAGAGUGGGACUACUCGAGAGCAAGGCCUGACCCAAGAGCAGCAGACUGAGAGCAGUCCCCCAGACAGCAUCAAGCCAAAUGGGGCCUCAGCAGAUUUCUGCCAACAUGAAAUCAGUCAGGAGACAAGCAAGAGCAAGAGGUGCAAGCCAAGCGAUGCAGGGGAAGACCCUCACCCACAGAGGGCCAAGAGGACGUGCCUUGGAAGACCUCCAGCCGCAAUGCAAACUCACUCCACCGAGUGCUCCACACAAACAUCCAAGCAUGACCUUCUUCCUCUGCCGCCCCUUCCUCUUGUCGAAGCCAAGGCAGAGUCCAAGGCUUUCCCAGUCUCCGAGCGCAAGAAAACCACACUGGAAGUAGAGCUGCUUACUCCAGGGAAACGGGCCCAGAGGCUCCCCCUCACAAGCAAUAACACGGCACAGACAAACCAAAACAGGCUGGCCGCAAGUCUGAGGGGCCUAUCUGUCAAGCCUGCAUCCUCAGGCUCCUCUAUUAGUUCCAGAUCCACACUCGGAGAGGAGGGGAGUGAAAUUGUGCCCAGAACCUCUAGAUUACGACGACUGAAGAGGUCCUGAGGGGGAGAGACAAGCUACAGUAAAGAUGCCUGACGCCACGGAGAUAGAGAUGAUAUUGUGUCGGGCUACAUGUUUACCUCACAUGACAUGGAUUUGUACACGUGUCACAUUCUACUGCAAUAUCUGUUCUUCUCACGUGCCGUACAUACAGUACACACACACACACACACACACACACACACAAAAACACAGAUCAAAUGCUGAACACAUUAUGGCAAUUGAUACAAGAGCGUUUGAGUUACGCUUUGUCAAAUACUUGAAACAGACUUUGCCUCCACCCAUAAGUAGUGGUGGUCAAGAGAGGCUCGCAAAUGAAAGUCAAAAACCUUUAAUUGGAGUUUAGAUUUGGUUUUGUGUUAAAGAUUGGGGAUUUCAGACAGGCAGGAGCCAUGUAGUACGUCAUGGCUUUCAGUCUGAAAUACUGGCUCCUACGUGUCUGAAAACUGUCCAGUUUCCCCGCCGAAGCUCUGGUGUGAUUGAUUGCUGUUUCCAGAUUUAUUUCAUCACCCCAUUCUCAAAAAUGUACUUUUGUAGUUAAGAUUUCAUUCAUAUACAAUUUGCUCAAUACUUAGUUGCUAAGCACCUGAAAUGUAUCUUUAAAUUUGAGGGUAUUAUGCAGCUUUUAUGUUGAACUUGAACCAAAUAUGUGUGGGUAUAAGAGCAGUAUUGAAGUAUUAGUGGUUUUAUGUGGGAGUAGCAGGACGUCUACAGUAUCACAGGUUGAAUGUAGCUGCUGUCGUCGCCCCAACACUCAACAGGGAUGUUUGGAUCACUCUGUUGGCUCUAGCCCAGAGACAGCACGGGGCAACUAGGGCCCAACAGUCACUCAUACCCCAAGUAAAGCCAAAGAUGUUCCACUUGAUGAC